AUGCCUACCUCGGACUCCGCGCAAGCAAUCCCUGCGACGAGCGUUGAUGAUGGACUUCCUGUAAAACUACGUGAACAUCCUACGGCACGAAACGCUGCGAUAGCAGCAGACCGUAUACCUAGAGGGGGCCUUGUAUGCACUUCUACAGCUCUCUCUGUUGUACUCUUGCCGGACUACAAGGGCAAACGGUGCGAUUACUGUCAUCGCUCUGCGUCUGCUUCAUCACACUUGCGGAAAUGCACUGGUUGUGCGGCUUAUUGGUACUGCGGCACUGGCUGCCAAACCAAGGCAUGGGCAACGCAUCACCGUCACAUCUGUAAACGCCAUGCCCGCUGGGUAGCUUCAUGGGACUACGCCCGUCUCCCACAACAUGAGCGCCUCGACGCGGAGAUGCUCUCCCAGAUAGCCUGCGGCUCCGCGCGCAUUCCGAAAGACCUCAUCGAUACCAUGUCGUCACUCUUACCGUCCAAACACCCUCUACCGACCUUGCCUAUUCUAACGCCCUCUUCUCCCGCCGUGGACAUCGAUAUAGCCGGGAUCCAUCAGCGCUUUGGGAACAAUAACUUCAUCCUGCAUUCGCAUCUGGACUCUUACGCCCAUGGAGCGUACCCGCGUACGAGCCGAUUGUUCAACCACUCUUGUGUGCCGAAUGCGGUACCGAGAUAUGUACUAGCCGCAGAGGCUCCGCCAAUUAUGGAGGUCGUAGCUUUGCGAGAUAUUAAACCCGGAGAGGAGGUGUGCAUCCCGUACACAGACCCUGCGUUGGACAUAGAGAGCCGCACACGCGGGCUGGAAGGACAAGGUGGCUUCACUUGCGCAUGCAAACUGUGUACAUGGCAGCGACGCGUGAUGCCCUCCGUAGCUCGUCCAGAUCAAGAGACGCUGGCCGCACAUCGUUCUGCGCUGCUAGAAUUCGCGCAUUGCCGCUUCGAAGACCCGCCGCUCGUGCAGGACUUAGAGCGCGACUACGAUCAAAUCCCGACCGAGUUGUACCCCUUCCUGCACGAGAGUGUACUGCCGUCAUAUACGGAAGCCUUCGGUGAGGCCGCGGGCGACACUGAGCAGGCUGACAAGGCGCUAGAUGUCGGUCUGACUGUGCUCGCGAUGUACACGCUCAUCUAUCCGCCCAACUACCCGCAAACAGCCAUGCACACGCUCGAGCUAGCCAAGGUGGCGUGGAAUGCAUAUAUCAAGCGCGACAACGUCCAUUACAUGCGUGCUGCUGUAUGGUGCCUCCGCACGGCACGACGCAUGUUCGAGACCUUUGGACGGGAAGGUGACGAAGGAGGGCCACUUGCUGAGAUAGAGCAAUUGCAGGUGCUGAUGGAGGCGGAGGUGACCAGCGAAGCGUGA